CCAUCAGUCUUGACAGAUGAGCGUUUCCCAGAAGUACAUUUGACAAACAAUGCUUUCUUGACUGCCACAUCUAAACACCCAGCCAAACCAGAGGCUGCAUCCAUGAGCGCGUUAAACAAUGGACACCAGUCCCUUCAAAUCAGUGACAAGCAACAAGGCACGUGAAGAUUAACACCGAUACCAAAUCCAUACUGGUGACACUGCCACUUGGACUCAGCUAUUGGUUGGCCUGAGACCAGCUCAGCAGGACGAAGAUACGAAGCUACAUAUAACAGCCUGGCAGAUCAAUGCUUCACACAGCGGCACCUUGUGGCGACGUGCUUCUGAACCACAGAGACGGAGGUGCAGUCUCAUCCCCAGGAUCGUACCCAGUGUCCGGGAGAUCAAACUUCCUACAACUUCGUUAGAGGCGACACGACAUUUGAAGAAACUUACGUCGACAAGAGCAAGGUGUCUGUUUUGACUCUGGAUACGCCAAUGUCAUGCGCUGUCUACGUGUUUCCAGGAACUAACUGCCUUCAACGAGGAUAAGGAGUAACUGACAUGAUCAUCUAGCUGCGCAUCUAGGUUCGACGGCGUCCGGUAUGGCACACAACGUGUCCAUUUCCAUGGAUAUCUUGUCCGAAGCUGUCAACCACACGCAGCCCCAUGAUAAGUCGAAAGUGUAUGCAGUUGUUGGUAUACUGUCUGUGUUCGCCAUUACUGGAACCAUCGGUAACGCCCUUGCAUUCUAUGUGUUCUAUAACCUGAAAAACAAACUGACAUCCACGAUUUUCAUCUUGGCAUUAGCCGGAGUAGAUUUCAUCACUUGUCUGGUAACAAUACCAUACACAAUUGCCGUAGAAUAUCUUGAUUUUUAUGUGAAAUAUGAUGCUGCUUGUAAGUUUUACCACUUUCUCAUUACGACAACAAUCCCAUUUUCGGCAUUCAUCAUGGUUGCCAUUGCCGUUGAUCGAUAUCUCUGUAUUUGCCACCCCUUCCUACAUCUCAUGACCAUCAAACGAGCCCGAAUUAUUGUCGGCUGUUUGUCUGCAUUCGCACUGGCGUUAGGAGCUACAGCUUGUGUCCACUACAGUGUGUUCAAAAUCCAAGACCUCGAUCAGCAUGUGAACAGCACCUUAAGUCCGGUCAGUGUGGAGUUUACAGCCCGUUCUGGUAGCAACGUAACAGGACCUGAGUACGGCCUCUUGCAACCAACAGAUUCGUCCAAGGGAAAUUAUUCUUUCAGUCGUGGCCUUGAAGACAAAGAUCGUAACUUUACUGAUUUCCCUGAACCAUAUGAAAUGAAGCCGCUUGAAGUCUAUACCGGCCAAUGUGGAACCAGAAACACUACUAUUGACCCUUUAUUUUUUAUGGUUUACCAAAGGCUGUACUCAAGCUUCUUCUUGGUGUGUUGUGUAGUAGUGUUCAUACUGUAUAGCCUCAUUUACAAAUCUGUCAUUUCUCAGAGACAGAAGCGACUGAGGAUUAAGACUCAGAAAUGCUGUCUAAUGUGGGAUGCUGCCAAUGUAGACAAUGAACAGUCUGAAGUGACGGUCGCCUUAGAGCUGAACCACUCUACGACAAACGGAGAAAGUCUCAAGACGCGGCCUGAUGAAAGCCUAGUUCCAGACAAUGCCCAAAACAGCAACCAGGCAAACUCGUCCAGAGCGCGCCUGGAACGUAUGAGAAUGGCCAACAUCAAAACAGCUAUGAUGCUGUUCGUCGUAACACUCGUCUUCAUCGUUGCGUUUUCUCCUGCAUGGCUGAUGGUACAUCACCUUAUCACGAUGAACGUUGUGUUUUUCUAUAUGUAUUUCAUAUACAAUGUCGUUAACCCAAUCAUAUACGCUUUUAUGAACAAUGCUUUUAGGGUUGAGCUUAGAAAGAUAUUUCACUGCGAAGGACAAUAGAAACGUGGAUCGUUUAUCACUACAAUUUAUGUUGUUAAGAGUAUCGAUAGUUCCCAUUGUAAACAUAUUUUGUUAUUAUAUCUGUAUUGCUUCAAAUAAAACGUGUUAC